AUGUCAAACAAAAGCACCCAGUCAGACUGGAGCGACUAUCUAGCUGCUAGAAACGCCGGGCUCCCAUGUCUCCCGGCGGUUACGCAGCUCAGCCCAGAGGUUGUGCGAAUCAUGGGUGGGAACCCGGGUGACAUGCAACUACAAGGAACCAACACAUAUCUGGUUGGAAACGGCCAGAGCAGAAUCUUAGUAGACACGGGCGAGGGCUGUCCAAUCUGGCUCAAAACUCUGGUUGAAUACCUCGAUAAAAACCAGCUGAAGAUAUCCUAUGUACUGCUGACGCACUGGCAUUCCGAUCAUGUUGGCGGUGUUCCGGCGUUACUCGCUCAGUACCCUGAUCUUACUAUGGCUGUCUACAAGGCAAAUCCCGAUCGGGGCCAGAACCCAAUCAAAGACGGACAGACGUUCAUUACUGAAGGAGCCACACUACAAGCUUUGUUCACUCCUGGGCAUAGCACAGAUCACAUGUGUUUUGUUAUGGAAGAGAACGGAGCCAUGUUCACAGGUGACAAUAUCCUUGGGCAUGGAACCAGUGUGGCUCUGGAAGACUUAAGAACAUACAUGGAAAGUCUACGGAUUAUGACGCAUGACAUGCGUAUUGGGGGUCUCCAAAUUGGGUAUCCUGGACACGGCGCUAAGAUUGAAGACCUAUCAGCAAGCCUUAUGACUUACACCAGACAUUGGGAGAUGAGAGAGAAGAGAGUUCUUUCUGCUUUCUCUGAGGGCAAUGGCAUGCCCAUGUUGACGACGCGAGAGGUCACAGCCAGUAUCUACGGGCCAGGGAUGGACGCGUUGGCUGGGCCGUCCGUAACGCACGUUUUAUUGAAGCUCCAUGAAGAGGGGACUAUCGAGUUCACUUUAGUCGGACAAGAGAAGAAAUGGUAUAUGUAA